CCCACAGGGAAAGGGGGCGAACGAGAACGACCCGGGUGGACGGUGGCUGCUUGUGGACAGACGCAGCAAGAAGCUUAGCAGUGCUGAUGCAUCAUGUACAAAGUGGGGGUCUUUCGUGUGGGACUUGGUGUAAUCUUGGGAACAGCUGCAGGAAUUGGUCUGUUCUACUACUUUUACAAACAAAAGAGAAAAAAGCCCUGGUGGAGAGGCAACUCCCGAUCUCCAAAUUUAUGGAGUCAACAGAAUGCUCUAGAUGGUCAGGAACACACAGAAGUUGUGCAGCCUUAUAAUCAGGUUCCAUGGAUGAGGCCAGGACCAGUGGAGGGUGGUGAUAGCAUUCCAUAUACAACCCUUCUAGUGCGUGAAGAGCAAGUUGAAGUGUUGAACCGUCUGGACUUUGUGUGCAAAAGCCUUAUAGAGCUGCGACAUGAAGUAGAAGAGCUGCGGAAUAGUCUGCAGAGUUUAGCUGGAGAGAUCAUUGGAGAAGUCAGGUCUCAUAUAGAAGAAAGCCAGAAGGUUAUUCGACGGAAGCGUUUUGUAUAUCCCAGAGAAAGAAGCGAUUCUACAGGAUCCAGCUCCAUAUAUUUCACAUCCAGUUCAAGAACAGCCAACACUAAUGAUGCUGAAAGUGAGGGAGGUUAUACCACAGCCAAUGCAGAGUCUGAUUAUGAUCGGGAGUCUGAUAAAGAGAGUGAGGAGGGGGAAGAUGAAAUCAGUUGUGAGACAGUGAGGACUUCAAGGAGGGAUUCUCUGGACCUUGUAAAUGAGGAUGAAACUACAUUGACCUUGGACCCAGCUGCAGAGCAAGAGCUUAGUCAAUUGCUGCAACAAGCGGAUCAGUUGCACAGCAGGAGUGACCAGGAGAAGAGGGAAGGAUUCCAACUGCUGCUUAACAAUAAACUAGUGUAUGGUGACAAGCAGGAUUUCCUUUGGCGUCUGUCCCGAGCAUAUAGUGAUAUGUAUGAAACCACAGAAGAUGCAGAUGAGAAGAAGUCCUAUGCUUCUGAUGGCAAAGAAGUGAUGGAGACAGCUCUGCAGUUGGAAGAUCAAAGUGCUGACUGUCACCAGUGGUAUGCUGUUCUCUGUGGUCAGUUCUCAGAACAUGAAAGUAUACAAAAACGCAUCCAAGCAGGUCAUGUUUUUAAGAAACAUGUAGACAAAGCAAUAGCUCUGAAACCAGAUGACCCCAAAUCUUACUAUCUCUUGGGCCGGUGGUGUUACCAGGUCUCUCACCUGGGAUGGUUGGAAAGGAAAACUGCUUCGGCUUUGUAUGAAGAACCUCCUACAGCCAGUGUCCAGGAUGCGCUGCAGAACUUCUUAAAGGCUGAAGACUUGAGCUCUGGUUUUUCAAAAAUGGGAAGAGUGUACAUUGCCAAGUGCUACAGGGAACUGGGGGAUAACUCUGCAGCUGCUCACUGGCUGAGUUUGGCUUCAGAACUGCCGGUUAUCACAAAAGAGGAUGCAGAAGGCAACAGAGAAAUAGAAGAGAUGCAAGCAAUUUCUGAAGACUAAGCAAGUUUAAAUUCCCCAUCCUGUAUAACAGUUGUGUAUGAGCAGUGACAAUUCCAUUGUAAACUAUUUCACAAUCAUGAUUACCAUCAGCGGGCUUCAUGAACAAGCCACAGAAUGCAAAAAGCAAACCACAGUUUCAGCAGUCCUUUCUCAAAGAUUUCAGCUGGCAAUACCAUAAUGGUUAAAGAAAUGUAAUCCGGCUCUUCUCCCUUGUUAAAUUAGAUGGUCUGCUUAACUCCUAUGCUUAACUGUUUUCAAAACAGAAGCUACCAGGUUGAUUAGUAUUCUUUUCAUGCUUGUAUUUUGAGUUUUGCAUAAUCACCAGUCAGACACUUACAGAACAGAUUAACUACAUCUCUUCCUAUAAUGAGAUGGAGCCAACAUGCUAUUUCAUAUGUUGAUCCUGUGUUCAUAAAGUGUUAUAAAUUAUUCUUGGGGAAAAGGGUGGUGCUAGAUAUGUAUUAUUCUUCCACAUCACAAGAUCUCACAUUUUUUUAUUUUAUUUUCAGGUCAAAGCAGAACUGGGGAGAUUUUUUUUGAAGUGCCCACACCCCAUACCAUUUCUCAUUUAAAAUCUCCCCCUAGUUACAUGUUAGGUACAUAUAAUACCAGUACGUUGUCUCCUACAGGGCAAAUAGCAGCUGGGUUGGGUUGGAGGUAGGGGGUUAAAUUAAGAAAAUUGUUGGGGGAAAGCCUUAAACUUCCCCUCUCCCAGCACUGCAGCCCCAAGCCAAAUCUCCUCCAUGACUGCUUUGAUUUUAAAAAAUGAGAGAUGUUGCUGAUGAAUGUGGUGUUUUAUCUAAUUUAAAUUGAACACAUGAGAUAAAUUGUGGAUAUUUUGGCAAAUUGGUUUUCUUUACUGCUUAAUCAGUGGACAUGCAGCACCCUGUUUUCUGACUGCUAAAACUGUUCAUUGGCUCUGUGUGCAGCACUCUGUACAUAAUGAUGUAUCAACAAUUCAUGAGUUUCGCCCACUUGCUGCUGCUGCUUUCUAUCCAAAUUACAAAAUAGUCCAGGAAUACCCCAUUCCCAGGUUGUUUCCAUGAUAUGCAAACCCAGACAUUUGGGUUGCGUAUUGCGAAACAACCUAGAGUUUUAACCCAUGUUUUGUUAUUGUGUUAAAAUUCUGGGUUGUUUCUCCCUGGACAAAUUAAAGUUCCAGGUUUGCACAUGACAAAAACAACCUAGGAACAGGGCUGUUUUGUAAUCUGGAUACAAAGUGGCAGUGGAUGUGAGGCAGCUGUUUGUCCUUGUGUGCCCCCAUCAAUUCAUGGAUUAAGCAGCCCACGAAUUGUCUUCACAUGUGAACCAGGUCAAAUGUCUGAUUCAAAUAUCUGUAAACACCACAAAGAGGGAAAUGGUAACAUCUACUAUGCAUGGUAGAUAAUACUCACUGUCUCUUUUUGUUCAAGAUGAUGGGGGUACUGUCUCUUUGAACUAUGCUCAUGGUUACUAUCCAUAUGGAGAUUGACAACAUGGCAUUAAGAGUACAAAUUCAAACAUUAAUAAUAAUAAAAAAAUAGUUCUCCUUCACUCCUUGACAAAUAACUCAAAAAAUUUUUUCCACCAUAACAGUAUUUGCAUGGGCAAAGCAUGUGGAAUCCUACCCCUCAUCAAAGGAACAAGGAGCACCCAUCAACAAAACAUCCAUACACCUUAAUGUUGAGGAACCAAAUCACCUGCCUUCAAUUUCUAAAUGUGUUUUGAAAGAAACAACAAUACUGCCAGAAAAGACAACUAAAAUCUGUUAAAAGAUUUUUAUUUUAUUUUUUAAAAAGAGGUUUUCUUCAUCUCUCAGGCUUUGGCAGUAUAUGCCAAUGUUGUUGUAAUUGUCUUAAAAUACAUUCCUUCUCUGCAUUUGUGAACAUUGCCUGCCUACUCUAGAGUACGUGUAGGGUAAUGUUCAGAUGAUGUUUCUCUAAAGAAAUUAAGGGAGAAAAAUUGCAUGGGAAAAUGCUUGCUUCAGAAAAAGAGGAGCCACAUGUGUUUACUAGAGCUAGCAUCAUUUAAUAAAUUGAAUUGUAUCACACAUAUUUCAUCUCUGAAUAGGAGAUAGAGUUAAAUUACCAUUCAAUUUCAUUCUGUUUGGGACCCAACAAUCUUACUAUUUCCCAAGGUGCAAUUUUUUAUGUGUGCUCUAAUUUUUGCCAGGAACCCAAAUGGGGUUUCUUGAUAUUUUUGAAAGCUAAAUUUUAUAGUACACUGUAGCUGGAUUAUUACAGUGAGCUUUAAUAGAGACUGCCAUGUUUGAACCGCCCAGAGAGCUUCAGCUAUUGGGCAGUAUAAAAAUAUAACAAAUAAAUAAAUAAAUAAUGUUUGAUGUUUCUCUAAAGAGAUUAAGGAAUUUAUAUUUGUGUGUAAAAGUCAAAUUAAUUCUCUUAAAGAUGGGUAUAUUAUCACAGUAGGAUUACUUUAAAAUUACAAAAUACAAGAUGGAAGAGGGAUCAGUACUUUUUGUCCAGAUGUUGUGUGUUUUUCCAUUUUUAUCCAAAACAUUAAGACUCUCACCUCACUGCUAAAUGCAUUUCCAGGUAAGCAGUCUUAUACCCUUAAUUUGCCUGUACUCACAAGGAAGCAUAGCUCUUUUAUGAUUGCAAAAUCAUAACUUGGAGUAGGCAGUGAGAUUUUAUUUGUAUAUGGUUUGUGUGAGAAUAUGCUGCUAUCUUAUAAAUCAGUGGGGUAGCUCCUUACAUAUCCAAAGUAAUUGCUAUAAUGUUCAGGAGAGGCUCCCUCAAAUUAAUUCAAUCUGAAAUGGAAGUUGCUUGGUAUUUAAAGGUUUGCAUAAGCAUAUUAAUAAUUCUUAAGCUGUUGAAUAAAUCCACACUGGCCCUGUUAAAGCUCUACUGUAAGAAUAUACAAUAACAAUACACCAAGUUCAUUCAUAAUCCAAGCUCUAGUCCAUACCAUUGCAUGCCACCAUAUUUGCUUUAAUGAUAUGGAUGCAGGACAAAUUCUUGGUGUAUCAAACUCUACAUACUUCAGUUUGUACCAUAUUAUAAGUAUCUUCAGUUUGAAGACUCAAAAAGUAGGUUUAUUGCAAGUUUCAAUUCAAGUAAAUUGAUGGGGUCUCCAAUUGCUGCUCUUGAUUAACUAUAUUAAAGUACUAAUACUAAAAUGGUCUUUUAUACAAAGUAUUUCAAUAUUUAAUGCAGGGUUUGCAAGAAGAAACCAAUGGAGUUGAGGCAAGGAGAGUCUCAUUUUGAUUAUACAACCCACUCACUGGGUUGUAGCAAUGCUAGUCCUACUUAGACUAGAUCCAGUGAAAUGAAUGGGACUUGCGUUAGAUUAACAUUGGAUACCACCCUUUCUUAACCUAAAGAAUCCAUAACAAAAUCUGGGGCCUGUUUGCAGAGAAGUGGCCUGUUCAAAAGAAAUUGGCUGGCGUUACUAGUAUUUCUUUAAGAAUUCUAACAACAAGUCUUAAAUUAAAGAGAGAGAAAAGAAUUCUAAGAACUCAGUUUCGGGGCAUAAUCUUGUCAUUCAACAUUUGUGAAGAUUGUUUUUCUGCUGUGACUUACGCAAAUUAAAGUGUGUUUGUGUGUGUGUGUGUGUGUGUGUGUGUGUGUGUGUCCUUCUCUAUUCCAAAACCUCUGGCUGAAAUGCACAUGUCGACUCUUGACAUUUGUUUUGAAUGAUAAUUUGACUGAGUUCCAAAACCAGUUUCACAUUGUGAAAAUCAUUUACCCUAGCCCAGGCUGCUGAGAGAGAUUACUUUAACUAGCAUUAAAAAAAAAUAGGGAAAAGUUAAUAUGAUGUAGUUAACAAUUAAAAUGAUGGGUUAUAGGCUAGGGCUUUAUAAACCCAUUAAAUAAUCUGGCCCUGGUAAAAACAUCCUCAAUCUUCAUCUGAAAUAAUAAAUCAAGUACAGGGCCUGAGUACAGAUAUUCUCAAGUGUUCCUCAACCUUUCUGCAGACUACCUGAAUACAGCUCAGCGGUCUGUAGAUCACAGUUUAAGACCCUCUGAUCUGACCCAUUCAGAAGUCGUUAUGUAUCUGUAAAAUUAAAAAUGUGUUCAACUGCUCUGCACUCUUAAAGCAUUUAGAGGAGACUGGGAACUGUAACUAAGGCUGCAAUCCAAUACUCAUUUCCCCCAAUAGUAAGCCCCAAUGAACUCAAUGGGACUUCAUUCUUAUAGACAUGUAUAGGAUUGCCCUGUAAUGACAGUUUGCUGUUUUUGCCACCUUUUGACAUUCCACAUGAAUUCUUACGGAUUGAGGACCUUGAGUGAUAUAAUAUUUUUUGUCAUUAUCCAUUGACCAGUGUGCUUAAACUGUUUUCACGUAUGAUAUCCUGAGACUGCACUGAGAUUUUUAAAAAAAUGCAAACACAUUUAUUUUAGUGUGGAUGUUUGAAUGAAAUAAUUAUUAAUCUAAUCACGCUUUGGCAAAUAAACUUGAUUAAAAUGGUACUGAGGUAUAAUGAAGAAAGGGACCUUUCAGUAACCUCGCAUCAUAUCAAUCUUUGGUUCAAGUUCAGGCAAUGUACAAAAUAGUGUAAUAUUCUGUGUAAAAAUGCACUGUGUGGGUUAGUUUUAGGAGCUAGAGAUCGGUGAGAGGGUAAUGUGCUUGACCAAAGCAUGUUCUUUAAUAUAACAUAGCUAAAGGACAGGGUGGGCAGCUUAUAGCCCACUGUCUGCGUUAAGUCACUCAGACCUUACUCUGGUAGUACGUCUCCUUCAGAAAAAAUACCCCACGGGUGAAUUGCAGCAUGGGGCUUUGCAGGCUAGGAGGAAAAGGCCUUGUGUUGUUCUUCAGUGCUUGCCCCUAACUUAAUGAAUUAGUGAGGAAACUGCCCCAAAUCCUUCCCCCCUCCUUUGUUCUGAAUAGCUCUUGCUCAGAGGAUUGCCUCUGAUCACUAAUACCAUAGAAUAGUGUGCUGAAAGCUCACAGCUUUUCUUUCUUUUUUUCCUGUAGCGCCCAAUAGCCAAAGCUCUUUGGGCAGUUCACCAACAAAUUCACGUCAUGUUGUAAUCAAGACAAUAUAAACUUGAGUGAGUUAGAUGGUAAACCUGAGAUCAGUAUUAUGGAGGGCAGUAGCCUUUGAGCAAGGAUGAUAUUGAGGAGAGUUGGUCUUCUUUCUUUAGAAGGAGGUGCACUUCAGCACUCUUAGUGGAAAUGAGAGGGGUGUGUGAAUUUGUGUUUUAAUUGCCCAUAUUUUGCUGACUGUGAAUUAAAAGCUGAAAAUCCUUUAUGAGUGCACUGCAACCCCCCCUCCCCCAGAGGCACUGAAAAAUCGUACGAGUGAGUGGUAGCUGAAAAGAGCACAUUGUGUUACUGAUGUUGGAAGACUUAUUUUCAACAUCUGUUACAGGGAACAAAAUGCAGUUAUAUUGUCUUGCAACAGAACAUAUUGUCUGUAUUUUUGUUUUUUAAAAUCAAAUAAUAUAAGAGAUAAUUGUAAAACUGAAUAAUUGACUUUAAUGUCAGCUUUAUUUGAAAUAAAAGUGAAAACACUGUUUAAUAUCUAAUGUAAGUUAUGAAAUUAAAAUAUCUAUAUUCUUUAUGGCUAUGGUUUUGGAUUCAGACUUCCUCUCGUGGGGUGUUCCCUGCUGGAGGAGAGCAAUUUUCACUUGUUCCAUCCUUGCUUCUGCAACACCCUGUGUUUUCUGUAACGCGGCUCUAGACUGUUGGGGACUUAUUCCUGUGAUAAUAUAAACAUCUAAUGGUAACUUGGCUGAAGGGACAACCAUUGAAAUUGAAACAACCAAUUCUUAUUCCAGAGCUCAUCUCAUCUUUUCAAGAAGUGUAUUCUGACUUUGAAUGCAUAAUUAUUGUCAGUGAUAUUGGUAACCCCAGCUAAUAAUGUGUUACUUAAAAUGCCAGGAUUUGCUUUAAUAAAGGAGAAGGUUGCAGAAAGUCAAGGUUACA